AAUUAAAACCCUAAACCCUUUCGAAACCCUUUUCCCCAAUUCUGCGAAAUGCGUUUCUUCUCCGCAAUUUUCCUCGACGAGAAUGGGAGGCUCUUAAACAGGCUAGGUUUCCUCCGCCGGAUGGGCGGCGGCCCGCGGACAUUUCCGGGAGGGCUCAACAAGUGGCAAUGGAAGCGUAUGCACGAGAAGAAGGCGAGGGAGAAGGAGAAGCGUCUUCUCGAUCAAGAAAAGCAAGUGUAUCAGGCUCGAAUUCGUUCGGAAAUUCGUGCCAAACUGGCGUCUGCUGAAAAUCUCACUUCCGGGCAGGGAAAUUCGGAUAAUCAGAACAAUCCCGACUACGGACCGUUAACGCCCAAAGAGCACAUCAAAGCUCUUGCAGAUCGGUUUAUGAAGGAAGGGGCAGAGGAUUUGUGGAACGAAAAUGAUGGCCCGAAGGUGAUUCCUGAAAAUAAACCUGGGAGAAGCCUGUUGAAAGGUCAGCCAAUUGAUAUGCAAAAUCUUACUGCAGAAGGAUCGAGCUAUAGUAAUGGUAGAUUUGCUAAUGUAGCUAAACCUAGAGGUUUUUGUACGCAUACUGGGCUAGGAAGUAAUAUGAUGAUCGAAGUUGGAAAUGGUGGACUUAAUUUAAUGGAUAGUUGUAGGAAUGGGUUUCGAUUUGAUCGAUUGCAUAUGAAGUGUUACUAUUCUGCUGAUGCUGCAAGUUUCAGAAAUAAAACCUCUAGUUUUGUUAGAAAUAAUAGUUCGAGAAUCGAUGGCAAGGAUGCUGAAGUGAGGUCUGGUAAUGGGAAGAGCGCGAAAUGGCCAAGGUUUCGAAUGGAUUCAUCGGAUGAUGACAGUGAUGACUUUGAAGAGGAUGGGGGGUUGGAAGGUGGAGGGAAAGUUUUGAGAAGCAGUGCUGCAUUAGGGAAGUACGAUGUUAAGAUAGAGAAACGUCGUGUGCCUUUGAAAGUGUUGGAAGAUGAGGAUGAUUUAUCUCAGCGAAUUGCAGAAAUUCGAAAUGAGAUUAGGCAGAAGAAGGCUGUACAGGAAGAAGAAGAAGAGGAAAUUGGGGAAGAAGAAUCACUUCUCAGCACAAAAAGGUUUGAUGAGGUCGGCGGCGUAUCUUCAUUGACAGUCCAAGCACUAGCCGAAGCUGGUUAUGUGCAAAUGACCAGAGUACAGGAGGCAACCCUUUCUGCUUGUCUUGAGGGAAGAGAUGCUUUUGUAAAAGCUAGAGCAGGAACGGGCAAGAGUGUUGCGUUUUUGCUUCCUGCUAUUGAAACAGUUCUGAAGGCAUCAAAUGACCGCUCAAAUCAGCGAAUCCCUCCAAUAAAUGUUCUAAUCGUAUGCCCCACACGAGAACUCGCAAGUCAAGUAUGCGCAGAAGCAAGAGUGCUACUGAAGCACCACCAUGGCAUAGGUGUGCAAGCAUUAGUUGGCGGGACACGAUUUAAAGUUGAUCAAAGACGCUUAGAAUCAGAUCCAUGCCAGAUGCUUGUAGCAACCCCUGGUAGACUGUUAGAUCACAUUGAAAACAAGUCAGGCAUCUCUGUGCGCUUGAUGCGACUGAAAAUGCUCAUACUUGAUGAAGCUGAUCACUUAUUGGAUCUCGGGUUUAGAAAGGAUAUCGAGAAAAUCAUUGAUUGCUUGCCUCGCAGCCGACAGUCUUUGCUCUUUUCAGCUACAGUUCCUAAGGAGGUCCGUCGAAUCUCUCAACUUGUUCUUAAAAGAGAACAUGCAUACAUCGAUACUGUGGGGCUUGGAUCUCUCGAAACUAGUUCUAAGGUUAAGCAAUUUUACGUGAUCACACCCCACGAUCAGCAUCUUCAAAUAGUGUACCAUUUGUUGAAGAGCCAUACAUCGGAAGUGAUUGACUACAAGGUUAUUGUCUUCUGCGCAACAGCAACAAUGACUUCGCUCGUGUACACCCUUCUCCAAAAAAUGAAACUGAAUGUCCGAGAGAUUCAUUCCAAGAAACCUCAACUCUAUCGUACACGUAUCUCCGAUGAAUUCAAGGAAGCCAAAGGACUCAUCCUGAUUACAUCCGAUGUUUCAGCUCGAGGGAUGAACUAUCCCGAUGUUACAUUAGUCAUUCAGGUGGGAAUUCCCUUGGAUCGAGGUCACUACAUCCAUCGACUCGGAAGAACAGGACGACAAGGCAAAGAAGGUGAAGGGCUUCUACUUCUUGCACCAUGGGAGCAAUAUUUCCUCGGCGAGAUAAAAGAUCUUCCCCUUGAGAAAUACCCGUUGUCCAAACCGGAUCCUAAUUCAAAACUAAAGAUACAAGAGUCGUUGGAGAAGAUCGAUAUCAGCACAAAAGAAGCAGCCUACCACGCCUGGCUCGGUUACUACAACUCCAUCGGCGCAAUAGGGAGGGACAAGACAACGCUCGUAGAGCUUGCCAACCAGUUCUCGGCAUCCAUUGGCUUAGAUAAGCCGCCUGCGCUCUACCGGAGAACGGUUUUGAAGAUGGGGCUGAAAGGCAUUCCGGGCAUCCGAAUACACAACUAGCAACGUUUAAGAGUAUGAUCAGGAUUCAUUCUCCCCCAAAUCCCAUUCUUCUCACCAUAGCCAUCAUCCUCAUUAUCAGCAACCUCUCAGAUUGCCGCGAAUUCCCCAGCAACAAAGAAGCCGCGCACCGCCCUGCAGCAUCAAGGUCCCAUUCCCAGUUUUCUUGGUAUAAUUUCCCUGUACCGUCUCCGAAGCCAUCCAGGAAUGAAGAUGGAGAUGAGUCAAUAUACGGAGUUUCGCUUCGGACAACUCCAGGUGGACCAAACCCUUUACACAACUGAAUUCUUUCAUGUUCUGUGAACAAACAAGAAGUUUUGCAACAUUGUGUCUUCUUUCUAUGUAAUCUCUCUCUUUUGCUUAGGAAUCCUUUUAUACUAUUGAAGUUCAUAGAUAGUACAGAUAAAUUUCAAACUAUGGUUGUAAACUUUAGCUAGCUGCCCUGCAAGAAAUUGUUUGAAUCAAUAAUAGUAUGUAUACACAACACAGUUAGAAUGUCAUUGUUGCCAUUCAUUAGGCAAAUAAAUGUUGAAAGUGAUUUA